AGAAGACUACAAUUUACUAAUAAGAAAAGCGUAGGAGGAGUGGGAAAAACUCACGAAGUUGCCCUUUAAACAAACGUCACAGCCUUGUUGAUAACACAAGUUUUCGGCCCGCAGCUGGAAUGGAAGGAAAGAAACAUCAGAACCCGAGCAAAUAUCUCAAACUAUGCUUGAUAAAUAGCUUGUGGCUGUGUUUGUCGUUCUUCCUCCAACUUCGAGAUGUUUCAUCCCAAAGUUGUGAUUCAAAGUCCUCGUGUCUCCCAUCGGACAGCUGGCAACACUCCAUAAAGAAGGCGAACCCAGGCUUCAAUAUAACUUUUAAUGGCUCUCUCAUCGCAACACCUGCACCAGAAGCACUGAAAGUUUAUUGUACUGCGACCACACCUGACUUAAUUAUUCCAGGCGAGGAGAAGAAAAUAUGGUGCUGUUUUUCGGGGUGGCCUCGCCCUCGACUUGUCCAUUGGUACAAGAAUGGAGAAGAAAUUGUCAACGGAUCUCAGAGAAUUUAUCAAUAUCAAAGUAGUAAAGGAAAAUGUCUCAAAAGCACUCUUCACCUUCCGCCUGGUCGAGAGGAACUGGACGGAGUUUACGAAUGCAGUGCAAGCAACCAGGGGUCGAGAAACGUCUCUGAGAAACUACAGCUAAAUUACCAAUGUCCUGUUAAUAUUCUACAACGCCCAACCAUUUCCAAAUCGAAAUUGAAAUUUUCUACUUUUAAGUUAACUUGCCGAUACGGGAAGAAUGAUGAUUGUCCCCACCAUAUAUGGUGGUAUCGAGAAGGAACGGAAAGAGAGCCUUUGGUUAAUAGUGCAAAGCACAAAAUAGUAAAAAAACAAGCUGAAAAGAAAUGCGAAAGACUCUCUAUUUUGUCCAUUCUGAACGUUACUGAAAAUGACGAAGGAAACUACAGCUGCAGCUGGUUCUGCGAGCAUCAAGACAUCUUGACAUCUUUCAUUUAUUUAAAAUUACUCCCUCCAGAGGAGACAGAUCCACCAACAGGGAACACGACCAUUAGAAAUCAAACAACUGAAUUCAGAGUACAGCCGUCUUUUCGUUCCCCUCCGGGAGGUCGGAAGAAAUGGCUUCUACCAGGCAUCAUUUUAACAGCAGGAACCCUCGCUGUGAUCAUCAUGUCUUUGGUGCGAUUUUUAGUCAAGAAAAAGUGUUCGUCAACUUUUAAAUUGGAAAAACCAGAAGGCUGGAAAGAAACAGCUACCCUAAAUCGACUGUUUAUCAGCUUCAGCUCAAAAGAUUUGGCGUGGAUCAAUGAAAACCUCAUUUCAAUUUUUGAGAAGCAUUCGAUAGCUUACAGCAUUCACAGCCGGGACUUUGAACUUGGGAAGCCGAUCGUCCAAAACAUGGCGGACAAUGUGUAUGGCAGCCGUCAGGUUUUGAUCGUUUUGUCCCAGAAUUACCUCGCCAGUAAUUUCUGCCGUGAGGAGCUACAUAUGGCUGUCCAGAGGGGGAUAGACUCGGGAGAUUCGUCACUUAUUCUAGUGAUAAUCAACAACUUAAAGAAAAAACAACUACCGACUGCUGUGAGAAACAAAAAAAUGUUGGACUUUGACAAACAUGAGAAAAGACAAGAUUGGGAGGAGAAAAUAUUGAGCCAAAUAGUCCUCGGCAAAGGCGAAGCUUCUGAUUCUUACACUUCUAAGGUCUAAAGAGUAAUAAAUAAUUACUCUAGAGAAAAUCGAGCUAGCUUGUUUAUAGAGCACAAUUUUUGAUUGGUCUAAAUUUAAAUGUUUCCUUCGUGUCAUGGGAAGUCCCUCUUCUGACAUGGGAAAAAUGUAACCUGGCCUUAUAGCAGAGAAGGAUUCCAAAUUACGCUAUAAGUCAUUUUUGCAGAGUUUACUGAAGGUGUCUAGUGAGACUAAACGCGUGUAACGCCAGGGCUAAAUUUCACUUCAUAUCAUUUGAGUACUUGAUAAUGUUACAAAUUAUUUUGAGUAUCACACUCCUGUACUUAGUUUCAAUUUGUUGCAUUGCUUGGCUAUAAUUAAGGUACUUUUAGCCCGGCUAAUGACUACGCUGACAUUUACGCAUGUAUAUUAUCAGCGUAUGAAAUCGCACGAUCUCGUUUACACUUCGGUCUUAAAGGCUACAAAAUUUCGUGUGAUGGAAGGAAAUUCGAGUGUAGUUUGUCACAGUGUUUGAAAAAUUCAGGAGUACUGAUUGAUCUCCAUAAUACAAGAGAAAAAUCAUGUGGGUUCUAUUUUUUCUCAGUCGGAGCUAAAUGUCGAGCGGUCAUCAACUUUUUAUGCUUGAUAUAUCAAAAAUAUGAAUUUAAACAAAAGAACGGAGAAAGUAUGCGUUCUCUGAUUGGUCGAAGUCCAAGAUAUUAUAAACUGAUAAUUUCUUGUCAAAAAACCUGUCGUUAACUGUAGACUGAGAUUAACACAUGCCUAUUUUAUGAAAGUAAUGAAUUGCACUGUCUAUCAUUUACUGAUAUGAUAACCAACGCUGGACUUUGGUUGAAAUCGAGAAAAAUUGUAUCUCUUGUCUUGUGUUCGACGGCUUUUUCGCGAUAAUACUUUCCUAGCAUUAUAAUUGGUGGUUUGGAAACUACCAAUCAUAAUAUACCGAUGGAUUCUUUUAAACAAGGUUUAUAUUCAAAGAUAUAUAUUCAAGGUAUAUGAUAAUAAACGCGAAAAGGUGUCGAGUAACUGACGAUUUCUCAAUUUUAACUGUAGACGGCUGGUCUUAAUGGUAGAUGCUUUGAUAGCUUCCAAUGCGUGGUUAAUAAUUAUUUAAGGUAGAGUAUUGAUUUGUAAUAGUUCGGAGCUCUUUACAAUUGAACUAUUAAAC